CCCUUAUGAGGCGCCCUCUUCGAUAAGUUUUUCCCUAGUACACAGUCUCUACUCUGUGCAUAUCCCAUGCGUCUAUCACACUACUAUCACCACACGGUCAGUGGAUGUUGCAUUGUUUUGUACGCAGCAUGCAGGAGCUGAGCAGACGAUAGUUCAUUCAAAUUUGACUGGCCGAACAAUUUCUCUAUUAUGUUAUGUUGUGUGUGAUGACAUCGUCGACGAUCGUGCAGCUGGUCGUGGAUUUUUAAUCAGCUUUGUGUGAAAUCUCUUUCGGGCAUCAGCUGAUUGGACUACAAAAGUGCCAACAUUGCUAGAAUCAGAGAAACUGUGUUCAUCGAAUCUUAUCAGUGAUCAACCACCGUUUUCGAAAUACCUAAAAGAUCAGCUUGUUAUCCAACACUAGUAUCAAGAUGAGCUCUCAAAACAGCUUGACUUUGAGCAUGUUGGGCGCGGAAUCACCCAUGGGAUCUCAGAAUCAUCAUAAGAAAUAUCGUCGCCAGACCCACAAGAGAGUCUUUGUCAACCGCAGCCUCAAUAUGGAGAAGAUCAAGUUCUUUGGCUUUGAUAUGGAUUAUACGCUAGCAAUGUACAAGUCACCGCAAUAUGAACAGCUUGGUUUUGACCUGGUGGUGGAAAGACUGGUCUCCAUUGGCUACCCUCAGGAAUUAUACAGCUUUGUUUACGACCCUUGCUUCCCAAUCAGAGGUCUUUUCUUUGACAAGGUGUACGGCAAUUUACUCAAGAUGGACCCCUAUGGUAACAUCCUAGUAGCCGUUCAUGGCUUCCGAUUCCUCCACUCCAGCGAGAUCCUCAAGCUGUAUCCAAAUAAGUUUAUUGCACUGAAGAGCACAGAGGACAGACUCUACAUCCUUAACACACUCUUCAAUCUCCCUGAAACCUACCUGUUGGCAUGCCUCGUCAAUUAUUUCAGUACAUCAGAAGAGUACCUAGAAACAGACACGCUGACGGGAGUCAAGAAAGGUGACCUACUUCUGUCGUGGGAGAGUAUCUUUGAAGACAUUCGGAGUGCAGUAGAUUGGGUUCAUAUGAAGGGCACGUUGAAAGACAAGACGGUAGAGAACAUUGAAGAGUAUGUGAUUAAAGAUCCAAGACUACCAACUCUACUUCAAAGAAUGAGGGACCAUGGACGUAAAGUCUUCCUUGUGACAAACAGCGGGUACAGCUACACAGAGAAAAUCAUGACCUACCUCUUUGACUUUCCGCACGGUCCAUCGGGUUCGCCUGGCCCUUCCAGUGCGCCUUCAACUCCUCACAAGCAGUGGUACGAGUACUUUGAUGUGUGCAUUGUGGAUGCCAAGAAACCUCAGUUCUUCAGUAAUGGCACAAUUCUUAGACAGGUUGAUCUGGAUACAGGAGCCCUCAGGAUAGGCAGCCACAUAGGUCCCUUCCAGAAGGGUCAAGUCUACUCGGGCGGCUCAUGCGACGUCUUCUGUGAUCUCAUUGGUGCUAAGGGGAAUGAUGUUCUGUACAUGGGAGACCACAUCUUUGGUGACAUCCUUAAGUCUAAGAAACUGCGAGGGUGGCGGACAUUCCUGGUGAUUCCGGAGAUUGCACAAGAGCUGACAGUGUGGACAGAAAAAAGAACAUUGUUUGAGAAACUUGAGGAUUUGGACUCUGCAUUAGCAGACCAAUACAAGAAUUUAGACAGCAGCACAGAGAUGGUACCAGACAUCAGUAAAGUCCGUAAAGCAAUUCAGCAAGUGACCCACGAGAUGGACAUGUGCCACGGGAAGCUUGGAAGCCUCUUCCGAAGUGGUUCUCGUCAGACCUUCUUCGCCAGUCAGGUCCUUCGCUUCGCUGAUCUGUACUCCUCAACAUUCCUCAACCUCAUGCAUUACCCAUUUAGCUACCUCUUCAGAGCUCCUCAUCAAUUGAUGCCUCACGAAUCAACAGUCGACCAUUACGACCCCCACCCUAUGUUUGAAGAAGACCACAAGUGUAUGACAAUGAUGUCGCCGGCUUUGAGCCGAAAGCGAACUUUGAGCAAUCAGAUCUCCGGUACCCACAACAGCCCACACCAGAAGAGCCUCCUGGCCAUAGCCCCAGACCCAGUGGAGCUGACCCAUGGACAUGAUGAAGAUGAGUAAAGAAACAAUCAACAGGGAGAGGUCAAUAUGGUUGACCCCUGACCUUGUCCUUGUCCUAUGUUUCAAAACAAAACAGAUUACAAAUGUCUGAGUGUGCUGCCUCACAAUGCAUUGAUUUGACUAUUGCAGCUGAUAUCAAUUCACCAUCAAUUACCUGCAAUGCAUGCACAGCAACUCGAUGUGCAGCUUGAAAGGAAUAAGAAACAAUCUUCUCUGCAGAAGUGGAAUAUAACAAAAGAAAAGUUCUCAAAAGAACAUAAUUUACCGCAAACCAAAUAUCCAAUAAGGAAUAAGGUAGAAGUUUCCCAUGCGACACCUUAUUUGCUUUCGCAGCUUCUACAAAAAGAUAGUUUAAUAGUUGAUAUACUUUUACAAGUAGCUUGAAUGUUUUAUCAGAUAUUUGAGUAAACUGAUAAACAGACAGGCUUCGCUUGACAUUUUUAACAACUUUAAAGUUAGGUAAUGAAACUGAAAGUGCACAAAACAUGAGGUUUUGUGAAAGAGAUUUUACUGUUUUUAAAUUGUCAGAAUUUUUUUUUAAUGACAUGGUGCCGGAUAUAAACAAAAUGCUUCCAUUUGCAUUAGAAGUACAUUAAGAAUGAUGAAAGUUACACGGUAAGCCUUAAGAACAUUUCAUGUACCGCAAGAAGUAACACAUGAUUGUUUGUUCUGUAUUUGCUUAAAUUGGCUCUUUUAUGUACAACUUGUUGAAUUGAUAAUACUAUACUAUGUGAAAAGUUUCUCAAAAUGCUUUACACUAUUAAAAACUGCUGCACUUAUUAACAGUUUAGUUUUAAUGCCGUCAAUUUUCAGAAGUUAUUACCAAAUGUAUACAGACCCUUCAUGGUUUUUCAAACUGAGGCUUGAAGAAACUGUAGUCUGGUGUCGUUUUUUUGGCAAUGGAAUUUGAUAGUCAUGAUUGGGUUUUUUAUAUCACAAAUAGGGAACAAUGCAGACAGCACUGUUCAAGUUAAAGUUCAAUGUGCCUCCAUGUUUGUUUUGUUUUUUCAUCAAAGGGAACGUGGUCAAGCUUUGUAUAAUAGGUAAAAUAAGUUAACAUUUUUAUGCAUAUUACUAAAAUAUAUAGUAUACUGUGUAUGUAGAAAUUUUAGAUUUUGUCUUAAAAUUUGACAAGGAAUAUGUGUAUUUGAAUCAUUACUGAUGUUACUCAUUUUCAUGUAUUCAUAUUUUUGUUUACUGAGUGGGGUUUCUCACUGAAUCCCUCACAUGCUGCAAAGAAUAAAUGAGAAUGACUCUGGCAAAACCCAAGUCCCUUGGUAAUAUCCCUGACAAAUUUACCCCAGAGACCAUUUGAGAUCUUCCUGUCACGAUUAAGCGGGAAAAAAACAAACUGAUUAUAAAAAAAAAUUAUUUGGUGAAAAUUAAUAACUGGUUGUUAGUAUUAUUUGUUAAUUAUAUAGGCAUUGUUAUAACAUAUUUUUAAGGGAAAAUAAAAAUUUGUUUAGAUGUUGCUUAAUUGAGUGAGCAAUAACUUUAAAUUCUUUUUCAACAAAUGCCACUCAAGGUCCACAAUGAUUCAGUUGCAGCAUUUCUUGGACAUUUAUGUAUACUCCAAAUGUUCUCAAAACAAGAAACCACAAAUUUGUGUUGUAGCUUUUCUUUUUUCUUUUCUUUUGUUUCUUUUUAAAGUAGGACUUUGAUCUUGACUAACCUUUUGGGAAGACCAGUAGUGUGCUGCUUCAAUUUAGUCUCAAAUUUUCCAUAAAGACAAUCUUGGAUAAUGUUGUAAUUUUUACUGAAAUGAUUGAACUUUAAGCAAUAGUUUUUUUUUAAUUGAUUGAAUCAGUAAUGAUGACAGGUACACUUAUUUUGUCAGCAGUUCAACUCUCAACCCUGGUCAUCAAAUAGAUCUUAAAAACACACAUUCUAUUUGUGGUUUUCCAAAGUUCAUUUGGUACCAAGUUGAAACUGAUUUUUAAGAUGCUAUUUAUUUUUUAAUUAUAAUGUAGAAAGAAGUUACAUAAAUCAAACAGUAAAUAUUACCAAUCGUUAUACAGAAGUAGUUUGAUGCUUCUACUUACUGUGAUAAACUAAAACAGCCUGUAUACUCCAAAUGUUCUAUGUCCUGAGGGGCAAAAGAUCCCAUUCAGACACAUUUGGGAAUUGAACCCAUGACCUCUUGUAGAUGAAAGUUUGUCUGACAUACGGGUAUUUUGAGAAAAAGUGAGGGGUGGGAAAAACCUCUGCUCUUAGUGCUACCCUAAUUCACAGAAUAAUUUCAAGUGCUACGAUGUAACAUUUAUUUUUAGUUGUUCUACAUUUCGCUAGAAACAAUUUUAGAUGGCAAAAGAAAAAGGAAAAAACAGGUUUGUUAAAACCUGUAUUUGAAGACCUUUAAUAUUUAUUACUACAUAUUGAUACAUUAUGUAAUUUUUGAUUCUCAUGUACAGUAAUAAAUUAACUGUUAUUAUAUCAUUGCUAAUGGUUUAUGGUAUGAGCAGGCCAUUCCAAUAAAGUAAAUAAACCAAUUA